CUUUUUAUUCCAUUUUCUUUAUCUUAGCCUUAGGGUGUUAGGUAAACUUUCUGUCCUCCCAGGCUCAGAUCAUUUUCUUGUAUCUUUCUAUCUUGCUUAAUUUUUAUAAUAAAAUCUCUUUGAAAUAUUGGCAGUCUCUGGCCUCAAGGAGCUGGUGUGAAGACAAAUUUGAAAAAGAAUAAAAGAGAAUUAUGUGAUAAUAGAUUCAAAAUUAUAUCUGAAACACAUCCCCCCCCCAAGACAACCUAUUUAAAACCAAAUCCAAUGUGGGAGUGACUUUGAGCUUGAAGGCACCAGGAGCUGAAACAGAAAGGCCCCCCAAAUUCAGAAGGCAGAUUCCCUGGCUCAUGGCAGAAUCUGCCCGCUCGGUGAGGAAUUGCUGGGUUUUAGCCUGGAUGUUUUCUUCAUGUAUAAAUAAAGAUUAUGAAAGGGCAUUUGAUGGGCAUAAAAUUCAUGAUUAGAUUGAACCUCUCGCCUCUCUUGUGGGAUAGGGAGAACUGGACAACGGGGUUCUGGGCAGCUCCGUUGGCCAACAUGCAAAGGGACGACAGUGCUGGAGCGCCAGGCUGGCGUCAGGGCGCCUGCCGCGAGCGCAUGCAGCGGGCACUUUGUCCAGCCGUGGGCAUGCUUAGCUGUGGCUGGGAUCAUGAGCUCUGCCUUGAGAGAAAGUAAUUUUCGUGCUACUAGUCAGUGGCUGUUAGCUGUGAACAGGUCCUUAGCAGACUAGAGUCAAAAGUUGUUUUUUUCCCCCCGCGUCUUCCUCACUCCCCCACCCCCAAGCUUAAAAACAGCCACCCCUGCCGAAGGUAAUGUUUAAACCUCUGCUUCGUCGGCCGGUGUCCUGCAACCAGAGCAGUUAGAGGCGCCAGGCUUUUAACCUGACAAUGAUGUUGUAUUUGAACAGCUGCGUAAAGGUUUAAAAGGAAAGGGGAUAUGGGAAGCCGGCGGACGACUCCUGCGCCCUGGCCGGGGCCCCUCGCUCAGGGCAAGCCUUUGGAAAUCAAGGUUAAAGCUCCCCGCUGCUGCCCCGAGGCUGUGGCUUCCGAAGGACUGCUCACCCGCCUACAGCCAGAGAACGAGGGAGGAAGUUGUUGAAGAAGUUUCUCAUAAAACUGAGUUUCCAUGGUGGUGGUGAUGGUGGUUGUUUUUUUAAUGAGCUCGACCACAACCCCAAAGACCAAAUCCUCUUUAUAGAACUUUCCCUCACCAAAGGAAACAGAGGAGUAUGGUUCCCCCACCUCCUUUUUCCCUCCUUUCCCUUACCCAAGCAGAAUCGUGUCAAAUAACUUUAGGGAUUGCUCACAACUAUAAAACUCAACUUCUGACAAAAGUAUAGCUUUUAAUAUUUGACAAUUUGUGUUAAAACAAAAAUUGACCUUCUUGGUUAGUAGCGAAGGGGAAAAAUCAAUAGUAUAAUUUUCAAUAAUUCAUAAAGCGAACGCCAUUAUGCUAAAUCUUAACUAUUAAUCUUAUCCUUUACAAAGUCUCGAUUGAUUUGUUAAUAAAAUAUCUUCCCGUGUGUGGCAACAGCGGGUAUAACUCUUUAAAAACCUUCAGAAGCAAGAAAAUUACCAAGUAGCCCAAGAAUGUAGAUGAGAAUUUUAUUGAUCGCCCUGAUUCUUCUUAAUAUGUAUUAAUAAAUUCCACAACCUUUUGUACCUUGCACUUGUCAGAAACCAAUGCUUUUACAAAAUCCAUAAAAGGAAAACAUAUUUUUCUUUGCAGAAGAACCAAAUGACACCUUUGCGUCUCACUCUCUCCUGCUUGGCCCAGUUUUCUAAAACUUCUGGAGUAUGAAAGCGAGAGUUCCUUCCUUUCCUUGAAAACGUUUUCUUUCUCUCUCCCUUCCUUCCUCUUUGCCCUCUAUUAUCAGGGCGCAUGGGGAGGGAAACCUCGGUUUCGUUCUUCCGCUGGGAACCCGAGGGACGCUUUCGCGGAUUGUGAACUGCUGGAAAGGGAUUGUCUCCGGACUGAAAGCUCCCAGCGGCCCGACCCGCAGAGGUCGGGGUGUGGUUCCUCCGAGAGUCAAAGGCUCGGGUAGCCCACCGGGGCGCAGGCGUCCGGAGCUAGGGUGGCCGGGCGGAGGCAGAGGACAGCGCCGGGGCCGGGCGGGUGCUGGGGCUCCGCGGGGCCGGCCAACUGCGUAGCCUCUCGGCCCUCGCGGUCCUUCUCGCCUCCGCUCCCCAGGAUACCUUGGCCGCGUCUUAGGCGCCAGAGCUCUUUCCUGUGGACCCCUGGGGUUGGAUGUCUCAGAGCCUGGGGAAUCCGACUCACCUUCCCAGGCUGCCCGAGACAAAAUGAACUAGGCUGGGCCCCCCACCAUCCCCCCCACCCGGGCCCGGGCCCUCUCGGGCGCCUGCCUGGGUGUGUGCGGGGCAUGCUUCUGUGUGCUGGCGCCACGGCGCUCCGACUUCCCUCCCUGCGUGUGUCCGCCUGGAGACCCCCUCGGGACCGAGUGUUUCCUUCCGCCUGCGGGGCCCAGAGGCCGGAGUGGGGGACGCGAGUGGGGCGGGAGGGCCGAGCGAGCCCCGGGAGGCUGGCGGGCGGCGAAGAGUGCUGGGCCGGCAGUCUCCAGCGCGCACUAUCGCAGGCGCGUAGUAGAUGUCGCUGUUGUCCGUGCUUACGCGGCUGGCCGGCCGGGCUCUGGAGCACGUGACCUGCGAGGAGGCUGUGGCUCAAGGCCAUUUUCAAAUCUCAUUGGCUUGGUUGUCAUGUGGUCGGCAGAGGCAUCCACAAUUACACGGGGAAUGUUUUCCUAGAGAUGUCAGCCUACAAAGGACACAAUCUCUCUUCUUCAAAUUCCUCCCCAAAAUGUCCUUUCCCAACAGCUCUCCUGCUGCUAAUACUUUUUUAGUAGAUUCCUUGAUCAGUGCCUGCAGGAGUGACAGUUUUUAUUCGAGCAGCGCCAGCAUGUACAUGCCACCACCUAGCGCAGACAUGGGGACCUAUGGAAUGCAAACCUGUGGACUGCUCCCGUCUCUGGCCAAAAGAGAAGUGAACCACCAAAAUAUGGGUAUGAAUGUGCAUCCUUAUAUACCUCAAGUAGACAGUUGGACAGACCCGAACAGAUCUUGUCGAAUAGAGCAACCUGUUACACAGCAAGUCCCCACUUGCUCCUUCACCACCAACAUUAAGGAAGAAUCCAAUUGCUGCAUGUAUUCUGAUAAGCGCAACAAACUCAUUUCUGCUGAGGUCCCUUCGUACCAGAGGCUGGUCCCUGAGUCCUGUCCCGUUGAGAACCCUGAGGUUCCUGUCCCUGGAUAUUUUAGACUGAGUCAGACCUACGCCACCGGGAAAACCCAAGAGUACAAUAACAGCCCCGAAGGCAGCUCCACAGUCAUGCUCCAGCUCAACCCUCGCGGCGCGGCCAAGCCGCAGCUCUCGGCCGCCCAGCUGCAGAUGGAAAAGAAGAUGAACGAGCCCGCGAGUGGCCCGGAGCCCAACAAAGUCUCCCAGGUGGAGAGCCCCGAGGCCAAGGGUGGCCUUCCGGAAGAGAGGAGCUGCCUGGCUGAGGUCUCCGUGUCCAGUCCUGAAGUACAGGAGAAGGAAAGCAAAGAGGAAAUCAAGUCUGAUACUCCAACCAGCAAUUGGCUCACUGCAAAGAGUGGCAGAAAGAAGAGGUGCCCUUACACUAAGCACCAAACGCUGGAAUUAGAAAAAGAAUUCUUGUUCAAUAUGUACCUCACCCGCGAGCGCCGCCUAGAGAUCAGUAAGAGCGUUAACCUCACCGACAGGCAGGUCAAGAUUUGGUUUCAAAACCGCCGAAUGAAACUCAAGAAGAUGAGCCGAGAGAACCGGAUCCGAGAACUGACCGCCAACCUCACCUUCUCUUAGGUCCAAGGCCCAUUAGAGGCCAGGAUCAGAGAGGGGGCACCGCAUUCCAGGGCCGAGUGCUGGAGGACUGGGAAGGCGGAAACAAAACCUUCAUUGCUCUUUGUUUUUUUUUAUUUGUUUUGUUUUUGUUUUUGUUUUCCUGCUAGAAUGUGACUUUGGGGUCAUACUGUUCGUGCUGCAAGUGAUCUGUAAUCCCUAUGAGUAUAUAUAUAUAUUAAAAAAACUAGCACGUGUAAUUUAUUAUUUUUCUCAUCGUAAUGCAGGGUAACUAUUACUGCGCAUUUUCAUUUGGAUCUUAACUUAUUGGAACUGUAGAGCACCCAUCAAUCCAUUCAUCCAUCCAGAAAUGUGACUUUUUCAUGUUUUUCCUAACACAAAAGAUCUGUGUGUGUGGUUAGUCCAUGAGCUCAUGGCAUUUUGAGUACAUCCAGUACUUAAAAGUACUUAAAUUACAUAUAUAUUUAAAAAAGAUUAAGAAAACCCACAAGCUUUGGGGGGGAGGGGGACUAAAAAAGCACAUUACAAUGUAUCUUUUUGCAAUUGAAUUUAGCAAUUGUCCUUGGUGAGAUGGAAUAUUGACGAUUUAUGCCUUGUAGCCUUUCCCUUGUGGUGCAUCUGUGGUUUGGUAGAAGUACAACAGCAACCUGUCCUUUCUGUGCAUGUUCUGGUCGCAUGUAUAAUGCAAUAAACUCUGGAAACGAG